GAGAGGAAUGACUGACCCUUCUUGGUUUUUUUUUUUCGGUAUACCACCAGCCAUGCUACUAGUAUAAUUCUAUUUCCUUUCCCGGGCCUUUUCCCUAGACCAAGUUCAGUGUUUGAUAAGAGGUACUAUACAUAGAUGGUAGAAACACUCAAGGUUGAAGGGGGUUCUGUUGCUUAAGCUGUCGGACAUAGCUUGUUAGCAACAGACACCAAAACCCUUGUCGUUGACCAUUGCCCGAUAUCCAUUUUGCAUAAUGCGCACGGAAAUUGCAUGUCCGGUAGCGAACUGCGAAAUGAGUCAUCUGGAAACCGACACCAGCCCAUGCAAAGCAAAACACAAACAACGCGAGAGAUGCAAUCGGCAUUGAGUGAUGGAGGUUUGCCGUUGUGUUUGUCUGGGGGCGCUUCUAACGCUCUAAUUGGAGUCUUCAGUGCAGUUUAUCGAGAACAAAGACCAGCGACGAGGGACGAUUUCCUGACGACGCGACGAAACGUGAGCGAGUGUCAAAGGGGGAGAAAUGCAUUACGGGUGCAGAUGCACCUAGCCAGCAGGGCUGGACAUCGAUGCAGUAACAAAGAACGCAUCAAGGCAAGAGCGGCACAUCGUAUCGGGAAAGAAAAUUGAGAAAAUGGUACUACCGUUGCUCUGGAAGAGUUAGCUUUGCUUACUUAAGGAUUUUCUUUUCUUUUUUUUGUCUAGUAUCCUAUCAGGAGAGUGCAUUUUCCAGCUUUAUGUAUGAGAGCAAACUUGGGAUAGCAAAUGGGAGAUCUUAGUUUUGAAACCUGGACCCAGCUAUCCAUACUUUGAAUCUCAAUUUAAGUAUUAAAUUUGAAAUGUGAAGGAAAAUUGCCGGAAAACUACUAGUCCAAGCAAGGAGAGACGAUGAAAAGGAGAGUGAAGCGAUAGACCUUGGAGAUUAUAGCUUUUGAAAAUAUAGGGUUUUUAAGGAUAGUUCCUCAUAAACUUUGUGAACGCUGGAUUCUUUCGCUGGGUAGCGUAUUUAAAUGUUCUUGCUGAUUAUUAGUUAAACACAUACCCUAGAAUGUUAAGACAAUAGAUGGUUAAGAAUACUUUCUUGGAAAAGUUAGAAAUUCAAAGAAUUCAAUUUUUAGGCGAAUAUUCCCUAACAUUUUCCCACUGUACACUCCACGCACACUAUAGCCUUUUUUUUCUCCCAUCUUUCUCUCGAAUGCCUCCAACCGUUCCUUUGCCGGAGCAAGGCUGUUUCUCGCAUUAUCCUUCGGGGUGAAUUUGUGUACGUUUUGGACGUAGUUCGGUCCGGUUACGGGUUGGGGCUUUGUUUUGGGCUUUGUCUCUCACUCUCUCCUACUUGAGCAGCUGUAGUUGAGGUCAGGAAACGGAUAAAUUGCGUCGAAUAUCCUAGCAGUAGUUUGUGCGGACCAUUUGUGGUCACAGCGUCAGAUAGCCAGUUGGUGGCCUGAUCUCGUGUCUGCCGUACUUCGCAUCAGUUGUACACCACAAAACAGUAGUCCGGAAGGUAUUAUAGCAAACACUAGCCUGCAAUCAACAACGAACUGGAUAAAACGUAUUGUGUAUGUGAUAGCAUCCCGUGAAUUAGCACCAAGUGAAGUGCGGAAAACGCAAAGGGAGUCAACGUGACACAAGAUGGACAGCAGUCCGAACGGGUUGAAGGAAGAGUCGUUACCGCCAGGUGAUGAUCCGCAACCGAUCAUCCAGCCAGAUGACACCGAACGGCCAAGUCUGGACAAUGGGCCUCGGGCUGUCCCCAAGUCCCGAUCAAUGCCGGCGAUUGAGUCACAAAAUCCGCGCCUUCUAUCAUCGCUGUACAGCUUUCUCGUAAUCGUCAGCUUCUUUCUGGUUGGAUUCGCCGCAUUCCGGAACACACUUACGUGGCAUCUGCAGCGAUUUUGGGGCGCGUCCGGUGACUUCUGGCAGUCGCAGUGGGAUCGCUUCCUCGACUUCACCGGUGACGAUCCGGCCCGGCUCUGGGUACUGAGCACCACCAUCUUCACCAUGGCAGUGUACUGGAUGUUCGGUGGCAUCUACACCCUGUUCGAUGUGACCUGCCGACCGACGAUAAUAAGACGCUACAAGAUGCAACCGGGCACAAACGAACCGGUCGAUCGUCGCCGACUCGCCAAGGUGAUUGCGACCGUGCUGAUGAACCAAACCGUGGUCGGCAUACCGAUGGCCUACUGCAUGUACCAGGCGAUGCGAUUCCGCGGGCUGAACGAUCUGCGCGAACUGCCCACCUUUCACUGGGUACUGGCGGAGCUAUCGUUCUGCAUCUUUAUCGAGGAGAUUGGAUUUUACUACGCGCACCGGUUGCUGCACAGCCGCCGCAUCUACCGGUACAUCCACAAGCAGCACCACGAAUGGACGGCCCCGAUCGCCAUCACCGCCAUCUACUGCCAUCCGGUGGAGCACGUGUUCAGCAAUCUGGUGCCACCGUUUCUGGGCAUCUUCAUGCUCGGCAGCCAUGUGGCGGUCGCCUGGCUGUGGUUUACGCUCGUCAUACUGUCUACGCUGAAUGCCCAUUCCGGCUACCAUCUGCCAUUCUUUCCAAGUCCUGAAGCGCACGACUUUCAUCAUCUCAAGUUUAACCAAUGUUUCGGUGUGCUCGGGGUGCUCGAUCGGCUGCACGGUACCGAUGCACUGUUCCGUACUACGAAGGCUUACGCCCGGCACAUCAUGAUGCUGAGCUUCAUACCGGCCCGUGAAGCAUUUCCCGAGCCGGCAAAAAAGGCGUUCUAAGCCGACAUCACCUACACCUAUACAUCACAGAUAGUCAGAUAGUAACACGGCACUAUAUCCUGGUCACGGCACCAGACAAACAUCACAUCACCGGUCCACACGGUCUAUUCCACCCCCGUCGUACACGUCUGCUCACACAAGAACCUCCAACGCUGUGGGAUCUUCAACAGCGCAAUGCAGCAAAAUAACACACCGUAGCAGAUGUCACGUCAGUGUGCUGUGUCAUGUGUGCUCUAACCAUGAUGGGGGGAAAAACAACCACUCACCACUCACCUAUGUCAGCAUGUACUUUUGUUAACGAAUGUCAAAGAGUAAAUACUUAAAUUAAAUCUAACAAAACCAAUAAACUUUCACCGAACGUCCGAAUAUACGUGAGCGCUCACUAGGAUUGAAGCAAUGGAUGGGGGCAGCCUGUUGUUAGUAGUUUUGGGAUAGUAAUUUAUUUCCAGCUGUUUGACCGCUGUUUUGCGUUUUGACCACACGUAGCGUUUUACGAGUUACUUUUAGUGAUGCUGUUGUGUUAAAUAGUCUAUUUUUGUUGCACCUUCCAAUAUCCAAACGUAUAUGACGCGCCGCUGUUUGUAUGGGUGUUUUUUUUUUGUUUUCUAUAAUACUCGAUCACAUUUAAUAUUUCUUUA